CGUGGAGGCUGAGCUGCCUUGGCACCUGACCCCGUGAAGCCUACCCCAGUCUCAAGCACAGCACAAGAACCCUAAUAAUCUUUCCUAAGUGGACCUACUCUUACAGGAUUGACAGCGAUGGUGUAUCCGACAGAAUGACGGCUAUCGUCCACCCCAAAACCGCCUUGAUCGCAACACAGGAGCCGGACGACAAGACAUUCAUAAAGCCAUCUGAUUCCAUCAAAAUCGACAUCACUCGGCUUCCAGCAGACAAAGAUGAGCUCGAAGACACCACACCAGCAACUACUGGUCCCAGCCGGACGGCUCUUCACAUCUACUUCGAACCCACUUGCGGCCACAAACUAAUCACCCCCACCCUCUCCCCCUCCCAAGAGCGGCGCUGGGGUCCCUCCCCAAAACAGCAAAAAGCGCGGCGUAUAGCAAAAAAGGAAGCGAAGAAGCUGCGUGAAACAAACCGAGUCUCUCCAUCCUCGCUGACACCUCCCGGCCCUCCCCCACUUCCGGUCUCAACAGAACCAGUGCAAGCGGAGGAGGGGAGUUACUUCCUACACACCCCAUAUGUGUCCUUUCACCUCCCUCCUUCAGUCUUAUAUGUAGGAAGUGAGAGAUAUGCGCCGAGUAGGCCCGUGGCGCUGGUGCACGGAGGCUGGUUCUGGCGCUCCUACAAAAUCCAACUCGGUCCCUCACUUGCUAUAUCUGGUGUCAUCGAUCCGCGCGGCGUGGUCUCCUAUCAACACAACGGUGGCGACAAGAAGACCCUACAGCGCAACGAGGCUCAUGGUGACGGGAGGAUGCUCAAGGGGUAUAAGGUAAGGGGGUGGAGACUCUGGGGCGAGACGGGGAAGAGCUACGUCCAUACAAUCCGCUCCAACCGCAAAGCUGGUAUAUCGUUCGACGACCCCGACAUCGAAAACAAGCAUGGAGAAGGGAGAACUAGAGAGAAAGUAAAAGCCGAUGAGGUAGUCUACCUCCGCUGGACAACACCGCUGAGCCGGCAAACGCGGUGCUACACCUUCCAGUACAGAGGGAUUGAGUUCCAGUGGAAAGGUACGGGGACGGUGAGUGAGGGGAGAAGGUGCGGAUGGUUGCUAAGAUUCUGCCAUCUCAAGCUCGUCGCUCAGAUCCCCUUCAACUCCAAACCACACGCAGGGAAAGAGGACGGGAUGAGAGAAGUCUGUUUGGCAAAGUACACAUCCUCGAUCGCCACGGAGAAGAGCGGAGCGCUUGAAAUCUUCGACAGCGUUGUGUUGAGAUUUGUGCAAGAUUGUGUGCCGGGUUUACUUGUCAAAGAGGUGCUAGGGGAGGAGAAAGGAGUCGAUGGGGAUGGGGAUGAGGAGGAUAAGAUUGCGAGAUUGAAAGGGGGAGUUUUGUAUCAGGUGAUUGUGGCUACAGUGUUGUGUAUGGUGAAUGCGGAGAAGGAGAAGAGGCAUACGCUUAUUGAUCUUAUCAUUGGUGCUGGAGAGAAUGCCGGGAACGGUGGGGGCUGAGGUGUUCAGGAGUCUUGUCUUUCAACGCUGUCUAAUGGUGCAGUA